ACCAGAGAGAACUUUUCCCCUCCGCAAACGAGUGAAAGAAGAAAGAGUGAUUUGAAGAACGAUGGCGAUGGAAGUAGCAACACCGGCUCCGGCACCGCUCACAGCACCGGAGAGAAACAUCAUCGUCGCGCCGUCGGCGAAGGCAACAACCACCGUCGAGACUCACAAGAAGAACAGGAUCCAAGUCUCCAACACGAAGAAACCAUUGUUCUUCUACGUUAAUCUCGCCAAGAGGUACAUGCAGCAACACAACGAGGUCGAACUCUCUGCACUUGGAAUGGCAAUCACAACUGUUGUAACAAUCUCUGAGAUCCUGAAGAACAAUGGAUUAGCUAUAGAGAAGAAAGUGUUGACAUCGACUGUGGGAGUGAAAGAUGAGAGUAAAGGAAGGAUGGUUCACAAGGCAAAGAUUGAGAUUGUGUUGGGGAAAUCAGAAAAGUUUGACUCUUUGGUACCACCUGUGACCAACGGUAAAACCCCCGAGGAGGCAGCUAAAGCUGAGACCGACGCGGCUGUUGAAGCACAAGAAGCUGCAGCCACCUAGGGCUAGGACGGAGCCUGCCUGUCUUAGAAACACCACUGUGAUAGAUCGAUAUCACUUUUAUUGUGCAUUGUUGUUUUUUUUCUUCUUCAUUUUGUGUGACAUAUCAAACAUAAUACUCUAGAUUGAUAGUAGUUUGUUAAUAUGAGAAAUAUAUGAUUUUUUUCUCAAAUAUUCCAAUGAUUUG